AUGGCUGAGUCAAAGCUUCCAGACCGCGGCGUGGAAGUGCAAAUGUCCUAUGCGGUUAAGACGACGCAGGUGGCAAUCUCGGCCGGGAGCGUGGUUGACUUCACAGGGGAUGCCAUCGUCAAUGCGGCGAACAGAGGUGGCCUCGGCGGUGGCGGUGUGGAUGGCGCCAUCAACAGCGCAGGCGGGCCAAAACUCGUUGCCGCCCGUCGGGAGCUGUCCGUGCUCGAUGAUUCUGAGUAUGGAGAUCGAAUUCGCACCGGGGAGGCGCGAGUGACGAUCGGCGGCGAUCUUUCAGCCAAGUGGGUCAUCCACGCAGUGGGUCCCAUUUACUGGGAGGUCGAAGGCGACGACUUCCAAGCUGCCGACGACUUGCUCUAUUCGGCCUACGCUCACUCCCUCGCUGUCGCCAAGCAGAAUGAGGUCAAAACCAUGGCCUUUUGCCUCCUGUCUGCAGGCAUCUUCCGCGGGGAACGGGCGCUGGCGGAUGUGCUGGAGAUUGGCUGCAAGGCUGUGAAGGACCACAUCUACGAAGGCUUGGAAGAAGUUCACAUCGUGGGUUUCACUCAAUCGGAGAUUGAAGAGCUGAUGGCUGCUGCGGAGCGCGUCUUUGGUGCCUCCGCCUUGGCGACGAAAGCCUCGGCCCUGGCAAGAG